AUGCUCCCUACCGACAAGCUAAAGGCGUUGUUGCCCAUCACUGUGCAUUCCAUUACUCAACCACCAAGUCGCUAUCCAUCUCCCUCCCCUACCUCAUCCCCGGAAUCAACCACUCGCCUCUCUUCUACACCCCCGCCAUCGCACAUGCUUCCUGACUCGUUGGAAGACUCCAUUUUCGCCGACUAUGAUGACAGCAGAUCCAAUGAUAUGGACCAGCAAGUCAAGCUCGCACUGACCGAACUGCUCAAUUCGGCAUCGAUAAAAUCCGACCAACAAGUGCGCAUGUGGGUUCAGAAUAAGCUCAUGGACACUGAGCACAGGCUAAAAGCGAGGCGCAAGAGCCGGAUUCUGAAUAUGGGGAAUAUGGGUGUGACCAACAAUACAAAUGUCUCGUCAACAUUGAAUUCCCCCGGUGUAUCAGUUUCAGAUAUGCAACCAGGGUUUCGGGGGGGAUUGCCUCUCGUGGAGUAA